AUGGAGACGACGAAACAGGAACUCGUCUUCCUCUCUUCUCCCCCACCUCACGAACUCAACCUUCCCCAACAAUGGCAAUCUCACGAACUUGCCCCUCUCGUCCCUCUUAUGACAUCACUCAUCAACGAAACCCUCUCACGCUCUCAAACUCAGCGAAUCAAACUCUCUCAACUCUCACAAAUAUUUUCAAUCAACAAGCAUAUGGGAAAGAUAAAGAGAAAGAAAGAGAGGUUCUUACAAAGUGUCACUGCGGUGGUGGUGAAGGAUGCGCAGAAGCUGGCCUCCAGUGACUUUUUUUUGUCAGAAAACUCAGUUGGUUUGGUUGAGGUUCAAUGGCUUUGGAGGUUUGGCUUGGCUUCAAUUUGCUUCUGCAACAGGGUUUCAAAACAGCUGUUAUGCCUUGGCUUGAUGAUGAACAUGGAUGCUGCAGGAUGCAAGACUGAUGUGGUUUUGCAGUCAGCAAUUGCAAUUUGGAUUGAUGAUUGGCUUGUUGUUCAACUGGAUCAUGGAAAGGUUGUUGCUGGUCUUGUUGGUAAUGAGAAAAUGAAGGCUAGCACCAAUGUUAGGCAUAUUAUCCUUCCUUGUAAUAGUACUGCCAGGGCUCAAGUUAUCCCUGAUAUUAUUCGCUGUUAUAGCAGUGGUGGCCGGACAAUUAUAUUUGCAGAGAAAAAGGAGUCUGCUUCCGAGUUUGCUGGAUUGUUGCCUGGAGCAAGAGCUCUCCAUGGUGACAUUCAGCAGUCACAGCGUGAGAUUACAUUGAAAGGUUUUAGGUCUGGUAAAUUCUUGACAUUGGUGGCCACCAAUGUGGCAGCCAGGGGUCUUGACAUCAAUGAUGUUCAGUUGAUUAUCCAGUGUGAGUCUCCCCGGGAUGUAGAAGCAUAUAUUCAUCGGUCUGGACGUACAGGAAGAGCUGGCAACACUGGAGUUGCUGUGAUGCUUUAUGAUCCAAGAAGGUCAAAUAUAUCUAAAAUCGAAAGAGAAACAGGUAUUAAAUUUGAACACGUAUCUGCUCCUCAGCCUGAUGAAAUUGCCAAAGCUAUUGGCGGGGAAGCGGCUGAAUUGAUUUCUGAUGUGUCUGAUAGUGUGAUUCCUUCAUUCAAAGCUGCUGCUGAGGAACUAUUGAACAACUCUGGUUUAACAGCUGUUGAGUUACUUGCAAAAGCUCUUGCCAAGGCUGAGGAUAAGGUUGACGGGGUGCAAGGUCUUGCUCUAACUGCAGAUGGACAGGGUGCUGUUUUUUGA